AUGUCACCCGCCGAGGCAAUCUACUCUCCUCUAGACAGUGACCGCGACGAGAUCCGACUCCUCGCUAUCACUAACUCGCCGACUCCUUCUGACCUUCUGCACUGCCGGAUUGAGAAGACGUCGCUGCAAGAUGUCCGUGACGAGUACUCUGCGCACCUUGCCUCAACAAGCGUUGUGGACAAGCCCAAGCGCAAGAAGAUCUCGCUGUGGGGUGCUCAGCAUGGCGUGGAAGAAGGCUCCGACGCGGUCGGCAGAUAUGUGCCCCCAGCAUCCGCCUACCGAUUCUCCUGGGGAGACUUUGCGGCUCUCUCUUACGUGUGGGGGUCACCAAGGGACCGACGGGAUAUUGUGCUCAACGGAGAGGUUACGUCGGUGACGAGGAAUCUGGAGAGUGCGCUUCGGGAACUCGCGCGGCAAGACGAUUUUCGCGGGAGGUACAAGCUCUGGGUUGAUGCGCUCUGCAUUAAUCAGGACGACGCGGAUGAGAAGGCGUCUCAGAUAAGCAAGAUGAGGGAGAUCUAUAACGGCGCCUGGGCUGUCAUGACGUGGCUGGGCGAAGGGGACGAGGAGAGCAACUUGGCCUUCGGUCUUCUCUUUCAGUUCUCGACCAUGGGCCCUGAAGAACAGAGGGAGCUCGCCAACCAGCUUUCGAGAAAUCCGGAGCCGCGAUUGACUAGGGCCUUCUAUGCACUGAACGAGUUGAUGAAGAGGCCAUACUGGCUCCGGUUGUGGGUUGUUCAAGAACUCGUCCUCGGUGGUUCCGCAGCAGUCCUUCGCUGUGGCAGCAAUCUGAUAGGGUGGACGACUUUCUGCGCGGGCCUGGAUGUGUUGUUCCGAAGGGACAUGUACACUGUAAAGGACGAGCUGCUGCAGAUAGAAAAUAGGAGGCGUGGCAGCAAGAAGAAGGGGGGCUGGCAUACGCUGAGCCUACACCUUGUGCACAAAGAUCUCUGGAAACUGAGCAGGCGCGAGGAGGAGGGCCACAGAUCGCUGGGACUCCGGCGGCUACUGGACAUUGCUUGCUCGUCGGAGUGCCGGGACAAUCGUGACAAGGUCUUCGCGCUCCUAGGCAUGAUGGAACCCGAGAUCGCGCAGGCCCUGGUCCAAGACUACUCGAUGAGAACCUCGCAGGUAUUCGAAGCGGUGGCGAAGCUCUUCAUCACGCACUUCAACAACCUAGAGCCGCUGCGGGAGGGCAACCCAUGGGGCAAGACCGGCACGCCGUCUUGGGCUGCGGACUGGAAAUGGGAUGGCAGGUUCCGGUAUUCUCGCGUUGAGUCUCCCCUUUGGGGAAUGUGGCAGAAGACGGACAGCCGGGAGCCUCGGCCGGAGGACAUGUACAGCGCUGCCGGCAACGUGUCCCCGAACUUCAGCUUUCCGGGAGACGGGCUACUGGAGUGCGAGGGCUUCGUGCUCGACUCCAUCGCCGGACUUGGAGCUCGAGCGAACGGCUAUUUCAAUUGGCGCCAACGCUCCAUCCAGCAAGCCCAAGGAUGGAAGAGUGUCUACGGAGGGAGGGCGGAGACGGCGGCUGCUAUCGCCCAGACCUUGAUCCUGGGGUAUGUCUCUGGUGGCCAGCCGGCCGAGAACCGACACUCAGCAGCCAUGCUACACCUGCCUUGUACUUACGACCUAGGGGGCCCUCAGUUCGCCAGGCGCCGGUGGGCAUGGCUGCUAUCGCAAGAGGACUAUUACUUCCGAUGGGAGCUCUGGCGCGGCGCCAACGACACCCUGAAGAUAGGGGAUAUACCGUUGUCCAGCUACUUCGACGACGACAUCCCGCCUGAGGCCGAAGAGGCCGACUACAACGAAGUCUACGGGGCGUUUGACCGUUCGUGCAAGGAGCGGCGCCUCAUGCUCACCGGGAGGGGAUUCGUCGGCUGGGCGCCAGACAAUAUGUAUGGCAAACCCCGGGACCAGAUACGGGUCGGAGACGUGAUAUGCAUCAUCUACGGGUGCUCGGUGCCGCUGGUCGUGCGGCCACUUAAAGAUAGGUGGCAAGUGGUUGGCGAGGCCUAUGUCCAGGGAUUCAUGGACGGCGAGGCGUUGGCUCUGCUCAGGUCUGGCGGGUGCGCAGAGAGAGUAUUUACGUUUUGCUAA